UCGUCCAAUCACUGCGUGUUUUAUUCCAGCGGACUCAUGCGGUGCUAUAAAGAUAGCCACGAGCGAGUCUUCUAAGCGAGAGUCCAUUUUGGAAAAGCGGCUUUUUCAAGCGCCAAUAUUUUACAGUAAACAAAAGCUACUACGAUGGCCGACGCAGAGCAUCAGUUAAUGGAGACCUCUGAGAACGGGAACGAGGAGGAUUUUAACGGAGCGGAGGAGGAGAACGGAGCAUCUGAGGGAGGACAGAUCAACGCCAGCAAGGGCGAGGAAGACGCGGGUAAAAUGUUUGUUGGAGGACUCAGCUGGGACACCAGUAAGAAAGACCUGAAGGACUACUUUUCAAAGUUCGGAGAGGUGACUGACUGCACAAUAAAGAUGGAUUCAAACACCGGCCGCUCACGAGGGUUUGGGUUCAUCUUGUUCAAAGAAGCAGAAAGCGUGGACAAGGUGCUAGAGCAAAAGGAGCACAGGCUAGACGGCCGACAGAUCGAUCCCAAGAGAGCCAUGGCCAUUAAGAAAGAGCCCGCCAAGAAGAUCUUUGUCGGUGGCCUUAACCCCGAAACCACAGAAGAGAAGGUCCGUGAAUACUUCGGGGCCUUCGGAGAGAUUGAAACGAUUGAACUUCCAAUGGAUCCAAAGACGAGCAAAAGGAGAGGCUUUGUCUUCAUCACGUUCAAGGACGAAUCCGAUGUCAAAAAGAUCCUGGAGAAGAAAUACCAUAAUGUCUGUGGAAGCAAGGUAACGAACGGGAAGGAAGACCUUUGUGAGAUCAAAAUCGCCCAGCCCAAGGAAAUCUACCAGCAGCAGCAGUACGGCGCUCGCGGAGGCUUCGGAGGUCGUGGCAGGGGUCGCGGGGGCCCAGGCCAGAACUGGAACCAGGGCUACAACAGCUACGGGAGCCAAGGCUACGGUGGCCCGCAGGGCUAUGGUGGUUAUGGUGGCUAUGGAGGUUAUGGUGGCUAUGGGAACUAUGACUACUCCUCUGGGUAUUAUGGAUAUGGUGGUGGUUAUGACUACAACCAGGGCGAUGGGAGCUAUGGGAAAACACCUAGACGUGGAGGCCACCAGAGCUACAAGCCAUACUGAGCAUGCAGAACAGGACUGAAGUAUUCCCAAACACCAGGAGUCUGACCAUGAUGACAACCACAGUUCACUCACACACACACACACACACACGCGCGCAUGCGGGCUCUUUCCUUUUAGCGGACGAGAUCAUGACCCAUUUGUACAGAACCGAUUAAUGGGGGAAGCAAUGUCACACUUCCACAUUUUUAUUUUAAUUUUAUUUUCCUUUUGUCCACAUUUCCAGAGAUGGAAGUGUUAUUUUUACUGUACUUUUUGGUACCUUUUUUGAAUAAUGUAUUGUAUGGUUGUAUUUUACAUGUCUACUGGAUUUGCCACAUGAGGUUCGGGAGCUGCCAGAGCUUUUGAAAUAAAACAAUUUUUGAGUAAA